UGGAGACGAGCUGCAGGAAGGUUUUUAAUCAGUGACACAACAUGGAUUGACCAAAAGGGGGGCUGAUACAGCAGCACCACCACUGACAGCAUGAAAUCUGUGCGGAUUAAUAUCAAGCAUAUGCAAAGAUUGAACCGAUUAUGAGCUGGAUUGCAUUUCCAUCCCAAAGUUUUAUCUUAUCACAGCUCGUACUGGAUGUAAAACCACUGCUGGAACGCGCAGACGUCCGUGUUUCUAUUGGCUGUCCGCAGCGCCGCUCAGAGGAAUGACGAUUUUUUUGCUGCUAUAACCAGCUGAUGCUGGAGCUAUGAACACGGAGCCUCUGAAGAACUGUUGACGGUACAUGGAUACCCCGUCAUCGGCGUUAUGCCUGCGGAUUCGGUCUCGUCUCCAUCCAGAGAUUGACAGGUACGACCGUGUGGAGGUUUGGAUAUAAGCACGAGACGCACAACCUCAAGACAUGGAAUAAAGGGAGAUCGGAGACGAGUGAAACAACCUGAGUCACAUCCAUAAAUAAGAGACAAUUAAAAAAAAACACACAAGGCUGGAAGAGAGCUGUGGAGUGAGGAAGAGAGAAGUAGAGGAGGUUGUGAAGAUGGUCUGUGGUCAGAUGACGUUUCUCCUGGACUCUACAGUUCACUCCGUCAGCCGCUGGUCAAAGCUGGAGUCUCCUUGCUAAAGCCCCGAGCGGCUCAUUUCACCUGCUGGAGGAGCCCCCACCCUCGGUGAUGUGAUGAAUAAGUUUGAAGUCCUUGGCAUUGUGGGAGAAGGAGCGUACGGAGUGGUGCUUAAGUGCAGGCAUAAGGAGACCAAUGAGCUGGUGGCCAUUAAGAAGUUCAAAGACAGUGAAGAAAAUGAGGAGGUCAAGGAGACGACUCUUCGGGAGCUGAAGAUGCUUCGGACACUGAAGCAAGACAACAUUGUCGAGCUGAAGGAGGCUUUUCGGAGGAGGGGGAAACUCUACCUUGUCUUUGAAUAUGUCGAGAGGAACAUGCUCGAGCUAUUAGAGGAACUGCCCAACGGUGCACCGCCUGAUAAAGUCCGCAGCUACAUCUACCAGCUCAUCAAAGCCAUCAACUGGUGUCACACGAAUGAGAUAGUACACAGAGAUAUCAAGCCGGAGAACCUCCUCAUCAGCUCAGAGGAUGUUCUCAAACUCUGUGACUUUGGUUUUGCUCGUAACCUGUCUGAAGGAACAGAUGCCAACUACACAGAGUAUGUGGCGACAAGGUGGUACCGCUCGCCUGAGCUGCUGCUGGGGGCUCCCUAUGGGAAGGCAGUGGACAUGUGGUCGGUGGGGUGUAUCCUCGGGGAGCUGAGUGACGGACAGCCCUUGUUUCCAGGGGAAAGUGAAAUAGAUCAGCUCUUCACCAUUCAGAAGGUGUUGGGGCCACUUCCUGCAGAGCAGAUGAAACUCUUCUACAACAACCCUCGCUUUCAUGGAAUCAGGUUUCCCUCAGUUACUCAUCCUCAGACUUUGGAGAGAAGGUACCAAGGCAUCUUGAGUGGUUUGAUGUUGGAUCUGAUGAAGAACCUGUUGCUGCUAAACCCAACUGAGCGCUACCUGACGGAGCAGAGUUUGAAUCAUCCGGCCUUCCAGCCUCUGAGGCAGGCAGAGAGAGAGCGGCCAUCUCCUGCGUCUCCCAACCCGCCGCGCUCCUCCAAGAGGAAAACACACCAUCAUGGAGAGAACACAGUUCCCACAAGGAGUCACACUAAGAGCACGAGCCGUCGCUCCAACAGUAAAGAAUGUUCCAGCCUCCCUCGCCAUGGUGACCUCCAUCACCUCAGCAACAAGAGUUUCCUCAAUGGUAACAAACCGGCCCCGUCCAGUUUAAGUCCAACGCUCCACCCCAAGGGUCAGUACAUGUCCCAGACCCUAAAUCGUUCUGCCUCGUCCAACAAAGACCUGGCUAACAACAACUUGCCACACCUCCUCAGUCCCAAAGAAGCCAAAGGCAAGACAGAGUUUGAUUUCAGCUUGGGACCUUCUCCAAAGCUGUCUGACCAAGGACACGGGGCAAAGUACGGCCACAGCAAACCCAGCUCCUCCCGCUCUCAGCAGCAGCAACAGCAGCAGCAGCAGCAGCAGCAGCAGCAGCAGCAACAGGCCGGCCGCCACACCUUCCUGGAAGGCAAGACCAACACACUGCAGUCUGGAGCAGAGAAACAACACAGCCGACACACCCACAGCAUGGCGGACUCUGCUCACGGAUCCAUGUCCUCCUCCUCUAAGAGUUCAGCCUCUUAUCUCAGCCUGUCCAAGAGCCACAGUGCGCUGAGUGAUGCCAAAUCUGUUGGGAACCUCAGCGAUGGUCGACUCCACCCAGAUGACCCGAAUGCAAACACGACAGCAGGGGUCGGACCUGGGGCCCGAUUCUUCCCUACCAGCUGUUUAGACCUCAACGCCCCUUCAGUUCCCCAGGGGCCCCCUGGCAGCCCCUCUACUCGACACAGCGAUCGAUCUGGACACAGCCCUGCUUCUCGUAGCAGCGGCAAUGUCCGCAUGGAGAGCAGCACCCUGGACUCCUCAUCCAGACACAAAUCCAGACAUAAAGCUCUGGCACCAGAGGAGGCCGGUGCUCCAGAGCUCUUAGACCCGGGAGGAGCAGGGAUGCCCUCCACUCACACUCUGCCUUCCCCUCAUGAGUCGUAUCAUUACGGCCUGGGCUACACCUCUCCCUUCUCCUCUCAACAACGGCCUCAACGCCACUCCAUGUAUGUGAGGAGGGAGCGCCACCGACCACAUGGGAUCGAGGGAGGGAUGGCGGGCUUGCCUCCUCCGGGGCAGGCGAUACCGACACGUGCCAGUAGCCUGCAGCUCCUCUCCCCCCAGCUGCAGCACCGGACCACCCUCACUGGACACUCAGUGAGCUCUUCGAGAGAGGACUGCACUGAUGACAUGACGAGGAGUGAGCAGUCCCCUAAAGACAUGAGCCACCCUUGUGCCCCCAUCAAAGACUCUACGAGGGACAACACUGCUGCUUUUCAUACACAGCGCUCUAAAAACGAGGUCGGCAUGUAUCACGACCCUCAUGCUGAGGAUGGAAGUUCCUCCAAGGAGAACCGGAUGAUCUUCACUGAGUCCAUGCCUCGGAGAGUCGGCAGCUUCUACCGAGUCCCCUCCCCCAGACCAGACAACUCCACCUCUUUCCAUGACGGUGUCGGCCAGGGUCGAGGGCCAGUCGGACCCGUUGUACCCGGAGACCCUGUUGCCAUGGUCAACCACUCCAAACGCCAGACGGCUUUUGACUGGACCGCCACAGAAGCGAUGGUCAUGAAUCCUCCGGAGCCCGCCAAAGAGAAGGAGAAACAGGGCUUCUUCAGAGCCAUUAAAAAGAAAAAGAAGAAGACACAAAUAACGGACAUGGAGGACGGGAGGAACCCCAGCAUCAAGAAAAGCCUUUUCCCCCUCUUUAGCUCUAAGAAUAGCUUAAAGCACAACUCAGCAGUCAAAGUCCUACCUGUAGUCGCCUCACCCAUGGUACAACACCAGCCUACCGCGCCCUACCCUGCCUCACCAGUUCCUGGUAACGGACAAGAGCACCUGUCCCUGCAGAGGAGCUCCAAGUCGUCCUCUCACCACGGCAGCAGACGGAAAAAUCGCGAGCGAUCCCGAGACCGGGACCGGGAGCAGAGCCGGGACCGAGACCGAGACAGGGAGAGAGAGAGGGAACGGGAGAGAGAAAGAGAGAGAGAAAGGGAGAGAGAGAGGGAAAGAGGGAGGGAGAGAGACAGAGUGAACGACUGGCCACCAGACAAACCAGUGGACUCACACUCACAGAGUCAGCCACUCAAGUCACUCCGCAGGCUCCUCCACCUCUCCCCUUCUUCCUCAAACCAAGGACAACCUCCUCCUCCUCCCCCAGACCUUCGCUUCCAAGCCCCCCUCCCCAACCCUCCUCAGCCCUCCUCCAAAGCGGGCUACCCCGAGGGUCGAGGGCACGCUGAGAGCAGGGGGCACUCCGGGGUGAGCAGUUCCGCCCAGGCUAAGAGCCGCAAGGCCAGCUACCCCCUCCCCGGACAGAUCGAGUCCAGCUGGCACGUCUCUGCUUUACAGCGGGCGGAGGGCGCUCAGUUCACCCCCGAACAACUGGGCAUCAAACCGGGGCAGAACGGACCCACCUUUACCCGAGCCUCCCGCACCAGAAUGCCAAACCUCAAUGACCUGAAGGAGACCGCGCUGUAACCCCUUACCCGAACCAAACCACCUCCAGUAUGUCUUCAUCCUGGAAGCAUCUGCCAGACGCAGACAUCAUGGUACUGUAGUAAAAGUUUACAUGAAAGCCUAUUUCACUGGAUCGAGUCCUCAUACAGAAGCGUAGUUAUUUGUUGAUGCUAAUGUCUCUGAAAUCUACAAAGACUAGACGUCGAAAGGCCACACACAAACACCAGUAACAGUGUUGUUUAGGGAAUCAAAGACAGGAAAGGGCCCACUCCCUCUCGGGAAGCCAGUACUGUAUCAGUUGUAUGUUAUUCUCUCUCUAUGUAACAAGGUUAGAACAUCAGAGUAAACCUGAUCCUUCCUGUCAAGGAGACACUGCCCACGUGGCCUCUUUGCUGCCAUCUUCUGCUCACAGGACACUACAGCAAAGCAACACAUCAGACAGCCGCCGUCACACCGGUGGCCAAUAAACUCAAAUGUUUUUCAAGCUCUGAUAUUUGAUAAGAACAUAAAAAAAAAAGAUUUAUAUCAACAUUAUUUAUUAAAUAUUUAUUUGUUUUAAAUUCAAGGAUAUAAGCUAUAAAUGACACAGUAUGUAGGUUAUAUGGGAAUAUUAUAAGGUAAUAUAGAAUUAAAUGUGUAAUUGCAAGAGCUUUAGUUUCGACACAAAGAAAUGCAUAGAUAUUUAUGUGUUGAUAAUACAAUAUGUCAAAAGGAAUAUUUAAUAAUGGUGAAUGUCCUUUUUUUGUUCAAUUUGAUAUGUUAUUAAUAGAUUUUCAUGUUAUAUCAUGUUAUUUUCACCUUUUUUUCUGUUGGUUUCAUCAAAAUGUAAAGAAAUAUUGAUGAAUACUUGUUGCCCAAAGUGGAAAAAAAAAAUCUCAGACAUUACAUCUAGUGCAAACCUGCCCGUCACCCUUAUGACAGUUCUGAAGUUUUGGGCUAUUUGUCAACAGGCUUUGGUAGCAGAACAGCCAGAGUGAGACUGUUAGGCUCCGUGCUUUACGUACAGCUACUGUCAGUUCACUCUCGGUGUCACCAUUUUCAAAUAAGCCCCAUUUUCAGUCUCUCAGUUCAUCAGCGACAACAGCUUUCCAGCUCUGUGCUGCCAUGUUGGUUUUGUCUACAGCCUUAACAGCAAGUAAAGGACAUCAAGACUUUGGUGGCCAUUGGUGGUGAAAAGCUCUUGAAAUGAGGUCUUACUGACUCAAAUACAACAUCUAAGUGUGCAAGAUAGUAGAGAGCACUCUGCAAAAAGGCAUACCUCACCUACAACCUUUAAGAUCUGAAAGGUUAAGUCUGGUGUAUUUUAUAUUUAUUUAACAACAAAUCUCAUGAAAAGACCAACAGUGAAUUGAACCUACUAACAAGUGCUUUCUCCAUAUCCAAAACCUGAUAUAGCUUAUUCCUCUGUGCCAUUAGUUUAGUAAAAACAUUAGUGAGACACAGUGUUGCACUGGGUGACAUGUUCCCUCAUUAACAUGAACAUGGGCACUGUGAUCCCUCAUACACCGCCCUGCUGCUGUACACUCUCCUAACAAGAAAACAGGUCGAUUUCCACAGACUUCUAAAACAAGAUAUAUGACCACAUCCAUAACGAUAUAUAUUAUCUUUCUAACACCGCCGUUACGCUAUCAAACUUGGUUAGGAUUAGGCGACAAAAUUAGGUGGUUAGGGGAAAAAAAUUGUUUAGCUUUAAAAAAGGUAAUUUUGUCACUAAGGCAAUGUCACGUGUCACAUCUGAUACAUCUAUAGCUUAGGAUGCUACACAUACUAGCUAGUUGUUAAUAAAGUAAGGCAAAGUUGACUUCAGGGCACAAACACUGGUCUCCUGGGUGAAAGUCCUGUGCUUGUUUGACCAUCCCAUCCCAUAGGGACAUCUUCCAUCAUUAUACAACAUUGCUGCCUACAUAUGUAACUCAAGAGCUCAUGGUUACGACAUGGAAAGUUUUGUGCAAGAUAUGCUUCGUGUUCAAGCGAUUAAGUUUUGAGAAUGCCAUUGCUAGGCAACGACAACAUGGAUGCUACUGUCUGUAUCUAGAAGCCACCCAAAGUAACACUAACACUAAUCUAAUGUAGGGAAUGCAGAAACAUAAUGACAGAGGGGAAAAAUAAGACUGCAAGGAACAUCAACAUUUCCUUCAGAUAUAUUAUGAAAUCAUUUUUUUUAAAAACUAUAUACAACUAAAAUAAUAUACCAACCACCUAAAAACUUUUCUCACCUCCACCAUUUCUCAAAAACAUCAGCAAACACAUCACAACUCGUGACCUCAAGGAAGUGAAUACCAAACAAGAGGUAGCGUUCAUAUAGACUCUUCUCAUAACAUGCUAAACACAACCCCAUUUGAAAGCAGAGACUUCUGCCAACUGAACCGGCUACUUGAGGUUUAGUGCUCCAUGAACUUGAAUGGGGAUGAAAUGUUUUAAUCAUGUGGCUCCUCCAAUUUCCAAAUGUUUUCGGACCGAAUGGAUUAAAUCCUGAUAGUGAAACACGUCAUUUUGUGGCGAGUUGUGAUGCUCAAAAAUGUAUCUACUGAUUUACAGACGUCUCCUUCUCCAUAAACACGUUAAUCUUUUACUCCAGUGGAAUUCCUGCAUUGUGUUCCAGUUACCAAACACAGCACACCUCUACCAAUGCAGCCCUUUUCGCUUCUUUGGGCCCGCUAAAAGUUAUCUUCUUCAUGGGAUUUGCUGAUGAUAAGAAAAAUAUAAAAUAACACCAGACCUUUCCUUUCAUGUGUGUUUACAUUUUUCUGUGUGCAUUUUAAAAGCUUGCGUUAUCAAAGUUUUUGUAAAUGCCUUUUGUAAAUCUGAAUUUGGUUUUCCUACUGUAUUCGCAUUACAGCUUUUAAUUUUGAUAUUGAUACUCAUGAUCAGGGAUGAUUUUACUGAACUGGGUUAUUCAUAAAGCAUUUACUUGUUGUCUACUGACCUGUGGAUGAUAAAAACAUAUAUAUAUAUAUACAUAUAUAUAUAGAACAAAACACUAUUAGUGGCCUAGGCAAAAUAUACAGCGUAGUUUUCCUCCCAGUCUUCCCUUUAUCCUUCGUUCCUUCCUCUUUCUCCAUGGUUUUAAAUGGAUAGUUCAGAUCUUUUGGAAUGCGGUUGUGUGAGGUACUUAUCCAUAGUCAGUGUAUUACCUUUAGUAGAUAUCAGCUUGCAUGCUACCAGUUUGGAGAAGCAGGCUGUAGUCUGACAUGGAAGCUAAGCUAUGUACUGCUGUAUUUUAACCACCUUAAAAAAAUCAGUAUCAGUUUAAGUGUAUGCUAUAUUUAGAGUGCUUUCACUGCUUAACCUUGCAUUGGACAGCGAUUUCUUAUGGAGAACUGAAGCCGUUAUUUCACUUUCUUUAACGCCAGACUUCAGUGAGAAAAUAGGGUGAUUUAACAUAGUUGAAAACAGGAGCUGCUGGUCUACCGCUGCCUCAAUCAGUUAGUUUGUUUGUGUUAUUGUGUGACUUUGGUGUUUGAAAGGGUUAGUUGGGAUUCACCAAAGUUACACAUAAACACAAAUUUACUAAAUAAUCAAGGCAGAGGUAGACUAGCAGCUCCUGUGUUCAGCAAGCUAAAAUUACUGUUUUUGUCAGUGCAGUCUGGUAGCUUUGAUGAGAGCAUAGAUGGGAACUUAAACUGUUUAAAAUAGGGUUUAUUAUCAUUUUCAAGGGGGUCCAGCACAAAACAACUUCAUUAUAUUGGACACAAUCACAACAUAUAACAUACAUACAUGACUCUAACUUACCGACCCAUAAGCCCACAUUAUCCGCACAUAACAAAAGGGAUAGAUUGCAGUUUAAUUUGUUGAUUACUGACUCCAUCUGUUGUUUAAAAGAGUGCGCUGGAUCAAUUCAGAGGCCAAGGUAUUUGAAAGAGGUCACCUGUUCAAGGGAUGAUCCAUCAUUAAAAGAGAUAGUCAAUUCUGAGAAGCCACCAAGCUGUUAAGGAACAGGCUGUCUGAUGGAAAGGUACAGUGGUGAAAACACUCUUAAUAUAGCAUACAAUGAAACUGUUACAGAUGUUUCUUGAGGGGACGUUUUUAGGUGGAUAAAAUACGUUUUGCAGUUGCCCCUGUCCACAGCACUACAUUGCUUAGUUUACGCAUCAUUACUCCUGCCUGCUUCUCUAAACUGAGGGCGUGUUGACUGCCAUCUACUGUAGGUAAUACACUGACUCUAGAUAAGUACCUCAUACAACCCCACUUCAAACACUCUGAACUAUCCCUUUAACGCUGAAAGUGAAGAUGAAAAGCUUUUAUAUCACAGGAGGAGGGAACCAAGGAAAUAAGGACGGAUGCAUUUGUGCAAAAUUCAAGACAUCUGUGGACUAAAGAGAGAAUUUUGGAGGAUUCAUGUUUUGUUUCUCGUCUGUCAAAGAGAUUAAAAUACACAUGCAAAAAAAGAAAAAAAAGCGAACGAUCCAAUUGACUACACGGCUGAUUGAAAGCAAUAACAUUCAGAGGGAGACUGAUGCUGACUGUACUAGCCAAAUCAGUGGCUAGUUGAAUUGGAGCCAAAUAUAGCACAGAGAAGGAUUUCCAUUAGGAGACUGUGAUUAAAGCAAGAGAAGUGUCCACAUAUAAUAUCAAGACAUCGCUCUGCAAUACAUUUUUUAUUUCCAAUUUGUCCUUGAACAUGACCCAGGGCGGGUAAAACUGCCUCAUGUUGUGUACUACUGAAUAAUUCUGAUUGCUAAUGAUUGUAAAUGACUGCUGAUGUGGGUUUGUCUAUAUCGUUAAUGGGACAGAGUGAUGACAAAGCUUGCCUUGCCAGUGACCCGAAGCCUUAUAUUAGCUUACUGACUCAACACUUCAGAUGGAAAUGGAGGCUUCAACCCCCAGCAAGUCACAUAACAACUGAGAUGAGACGAAGAAUUUUUGUUCACAAAUAUGAAUGUGUUUACUAAAACAUCUUUUUUUUUUUUCAUUAAGCUGUUUCCCACUUCUUACAGGGUGUAAAUAGAAAUAAUAGAGUGUAUCUAUACUGACCAUUCUACUUUAAAAAUGAUAGGGUCUCAUAAUAAAAACCAACUGUACAUUUUUGAACGGCUCACAUGUUUGUUUUUGUAACAAUGACGGACAUAGCAUGAGGACAGACGUGAUACAAGUGUCAGUUUAAUCAAGGAAAUAGUUUAAAGAUACAAUAAGGAACACGUCUUCAGAGUAACUCUGAAACGUGUCCCCAAAGCACCAUGGGAAAUUGAAA